AUGGUUAAUGGUGGAAGUGGUGGUUUAUAUAUUCUGGAUGCUCCUGGUGGAACUGGUAAGACAUUCCUCAUGUACAAAAUUGUAACAACACGUCAGCAGUAUGCCAGUUUGUUGGAGCUAAUAAAGGAGAAGCUAGAAAUUGCUCAGGGGUUCUCCAAAUGCUCGAAGGAAGAAGUAGCCGAGUUUUGGAAAAAUGUUGCGAAGGAGCUUAACGGUAUAGGCUCACCAACCAAAGAUGUAUCAAGCUGGAAAAAGGUGUGGUUAGAUUGGAAGGCUUAUAUAAAGCGAAAAUUGUCCGAAAAGAAGAGGGAGCAAACAAUCGGUGGCCGAUAUAAGCAGCACCACCUUAAUGAGAUGGAAGAAGAAGUCAUCAGUCUGACCGCUUUAGAGACCAGCAUGCAAGUUAACGGCAGACCAUUUACCCCAUUACAAUGCUAA